AUGUGGUGGUGGCUUCUUGGUGUUUUGAGCUGUGUGCUGCUGCUGGUGGUGGUCCUCUUCUUCCUGAUCAUCGGGCAACGAUACAAGGUGUUCAGUGAGAAGUGCCUGAGGCCACCGGGACCCUUGGUCACCGACAGCCGGCAGAGGGACGAAAGGCUGAAGAAAGGGUUUCGUGCGGACCGCGUUCCUCCGGCUCUGGAUGCCGUGGUGAUCGGCAGCGGUAUCGGAGGUUUGACAGCAGCGGCGCUUUUGUCUAAAGCCGGCAAGAGGGUUGCAGUCUUGGAGCAACAUGAUCAAGCUGGAGGCUGCACACACACCUUUCAGAAUAAGGGCUUUGAGUUUGAUGUGGGGAUCCAUUACCUGGGCCAGCUUCACGAGGGCAGCCUGCUGAGGGUUGCUCUGGAUCAGAUCACAGAGGGACAGUUGCAGUUCACACGGCUGGAGCAGCACUUUGACACACUGUUCCUGGGUCAGCAUGACCAGCGCAGGGAGUACCAUAUCCAUGCAGGGAAGACUGAGAUGGCCGAUAGCCUGAAGAAGCAGUUCCCAGGAGAGGAGAAGGCCAUUGAUGAGUUCAUGAGACUAAUGAAGCUAGCCUCACGGCGGACACCACUCAUCGCCAUCUUGAAGAUCAUACCUUAUUGGCUGGCUAACUUCCUGGUUCGAUUCAGCAUUUUGGAUCGCAUAUCCUCAGUGUUCCGCCUAGCAACAACCAACCAUUCAGAAAUGAUGUCCCGCCUCACAAAAAACAAGGACCUGCAGGCACUGUCUGCCUACCUGUUCUAUGGUGUCGCUCCUAAAGACUCCAGCUUUCUCAUCAACGCUCUCCUGCUUCACCACUACAAACGUGGUGCCUACUACCCACGGGGGGGCGCCAGCGAGUUUGCCUUCCACAUCAUCCCUGUCAUUCAGCAGGCUGGUGGCACAGUGCUGGUCAGGGCUCCUGUGCAACGCAUCCUCAUCAACCAGCAGGGGAAGGCCUACGGUGUGACGGUGCUGAAAGGACAAGAAGAGAUUGAGGUCCAUGCCCCUGUUGUCAUUUCCAACGCUGGAAUCUUCAACACCUUCCAGAAGUUUCUGCCUCAACCCGUACAGGACAAACCAGAGGUCCAGUCCCUGUUGGGCUUGGUGCGUCAUGGCAUGGGUUCCUUCUUGGUCUUUGUUGGUCUGGAUGGAACCAAAGAAGAGCUUGGCAUUGUUUCCACCAACUUCUGGAUGUAUAAAGACAAUGACUUGGACUCACUUAUGGAGCGCUACUCUUCUCUGAGCUCAGAGCAGGUAUUGGGCAACAUUCCCAUGAUGUUCAUCACCUUCCCAUCAGCUAAAGAUCCUACAUCCAAUAUCCGACAGCCAGGUAAGUCCUGCAUGACGCUGCUAACCAUGGCUCGCUAUGAGUGGUUUGAGGAAUGGGAGGGGACCAAGCUUGGCAAGAGGGGACAGAACUACGUGGAUAUGAAGAAUGGUAUGGCCCAAGAGAUGCUGGACUGGGCACUAACAAUCUUCCCUCAACUUCGGGACAAGGUGGUGAUGGUGGAUGCUGCCACUCCUCUUACUAAUGUCCACUAUUUGGGCGCUCCAAGAGGUGAGAUGUACGGGGCUGAACACAACCUGGAGCGUUUCACUCCAGACACGGUUGCCAGGACACGACCGCAGACACCGAUCGAUGGCCUCUACCUAACAGGUCAGGACGUAUUCUGUAACGGCAUGGCUGGGGCGCUGCACGGUGGACUACUCUGUGCCUCUUCCGUCCUCAACCAGGUCCUCUACAUUGACCUUCUAGCCCUGAAGAGCCGCAUUAAAAACAAACGGACCAAUCGUAAGAUGACCUGGAAGUGA